AUAGGCGUGUUGCAAGGAUUCAGUGCCACGCUGUCAGCAGAGUUCUGGGCACGUGGCAGGAGCACAAUAAAUGGGAGCGAGUGUUUCUGCCAGGAGUCUGGCAGGACUCUGAAUGGGAGCGGAGAAGGCGGCGGCGCCAGCCUGUUUGUGGGAGCAUGCGCAGGAGGAGUUACACGAUGGGAGCGGGCGUUGGCGGAGCUCAAAGGCGGCUCACUUGCCCACUCUUCUGUCCACGGCAGCUACGCGAGACCUUGAGCGCAGCUGGGGAGACAUGGCAGGAGAUAGGGGCUGACCCCCGCAGGGAGACUGGCAAGCCUCUGGGCCUGAAUAGCUGGCAGUGAUCUUGCUCUUCAGUUCCUCCUCGAAAGCCGCAGUCCAGAGCUCUGGGUCCCACUCCAGCGUUUCCUCGAUCCUUGGGUCCUUCCGGGACAUGCCUCUCUGGACGCGCACAACCCCACAACAAACAGUUUGCUGUGUCUGGAGGUGUAGACAGUAUCGGACGUCGGGGCUGUGUUGGCAUAGUGCCAGGCUUGCGGGGCGUCGACCUUGGGUUCCCUUGGCGAGCGCUGGCUCCCGGAAGCGCCGACGGGGGUCGGGCCCGGGUGCCAGGACCAGGCUCUGGUGGCACCUUGGCCCCGCCCCACCCCGCCCUCCCUCCGUCUCAUUGGCAGCCGCACGCGCGUCGGGGGUUGCCAGGGCGACGGGUCGCUGAGCUGAGAGUCAGCGCGAACCUAAGCCAGUCGGCCUCCGGCGGAGGGAGCGGGGGAGGCCCGAGGGCGGGCGGCGGAGAACGGCGCGCUGCGGCGGGGCUCCAAGCGGGCGCCUCCUCCCGGCCCUGCACGGCCCCCCUCCCGGCGCAGGGGCAGGCCGGGGCGGGGGGCCCCGGAGUCGGCACGGCCUCGGCCCCGUCGGGGAGGCUGCGGGGCGCAGAGAUGUCUGACCGCGUCGGCGGCGCCGGCCCCGGCCGGGGCCCGUGACCAUGGGCAUCGCCGAGUCCACGCCGGACGAGCUGCCGUCGGACGCGGAGGAGCAGCUGCGCGGCGGCGAGCAGCAGCUGGAGCUGAGCGGGAGGCGGCUGCGGCGGCUGCCCAGCGCCGUGUGCGCGCUGAGCCGCCUGCAGAAGCUGUACGUGAGCGGCACCGGGCUGCGCGAGCUGCCGGAGGAGAUCGAGGAGCUGCGCGAGCUGCGCAUCCUGGCUCUGGACUUCAACAAACUCGAACGCUUGCCUGACGGCCUGUGUCGCCUGCCGCGCCUCACGCGCCUCUACCUUGGUGGCAACCGACUGCUGGCUCUGCCCGCCGAGUUCGCGCAGCUGCAGAGCCUGCGCUGCCUUUGGAUCGAGGGCAACUUCCUGCGGCGCUUCCCGCGGCCGCUGCUGCGCCUAGUGGCGCUGCAGUCCUUGCAGAUGGGCGACAAUCGGCUGCGCGCGCUGCCCGCCGAGCUGCCGCGCAUGACGGGCCUGCGCGGCCUCUGGCUCUACGGCAACCGCUUCGAGGAGUUUCCCCCCGCGCUGCUGCGCAUGGGCCGCCUGCACAUCCUCGACCUUGACCGCAACCGCCUGGGCGGCUUCCCCGACCUGCACCCUCUUCGCGCCCUGCGCGUCUUCUCCUACGAUCACAACCCGGUCACUGGGCCACCGCGCGUCGCGGACACCGUCUUCCUCGUGGGCGAGGGCGCAGUCGAACGCAUGGCCGAGCGCGACGAGCCCACGCCUCGGCCGCGGCCUCGGUGCCCAGCGCGGGCCUUCGACGACGAGGAGGAGGAAGACCUGCUCAUAGGGGGCGGGGUCUCCCGGGCUCUGGGCCCCCCCGAGGGCAGCCUCCGAGCCCUGGAAGCCGCUCCAGGACUGGGCACCUGAGCCUGUGCUCUGGGUGAUGGACUUCCGCCACUCUGGGAGGAGGGGCUCUGGGAAGGUCUGUGGGAGCUGUGGGCUCCUACUUGGGGCAGCAGAGAGGCUUCUUUGAGUGAUCUGUGGGGGACAGGCAGGCCCGGGGACUGUCUUCAGAUAUUCCAGGGUAGUAAGAUGACUGCCUCCUGGCUGAUCUCUGGGCAGUUCUAAGACCAAGAAGUCUCCGCUCCCUCCAGUCCCCUUACAGGUCCAACUAGUCUCUGACAGAGUCACUGACAACACUGUAGAGGUGUCAGCUUCCUCCCAGCACCAGGGUCACCGCUGUCUGUGGAAUCAUCACCUCUGGCUGGGUCUGGGUGACCACCAGCCUCCUUCCUCCUGGACUUUGGAACUCCUGGACCCACCCUUUCUGGUGCAGGAGCCACUACCUCUGGGUGGACUGCAUGCCUUUGUGAGGCAGAAGUGCGCUUGGGGGAGGGCCUGGGCCAGGAGCAGGGGCUUGAAGUUGGGGCUGGUGCCCAGGACAGGAAUGGGAAACUGGGAUUGGGGCCCUAACACCACAGUUGCUCUUGCCCCUCCACCGGGGCUCAUCGUACAUACCUCCCUUCCCAUGCCCCCUAAAAUUUGUAUGGGGAAGGGAGGCUCAGAAGGCAGGGUCUCCACCCCCGCCUUUUAUUCUCUUCUGCUCUCCCAGCUUGUGCCUGGAAUCUUGCUGGGAGCAGAGAGCUCUUCCUCCCUUCUCCACAGCCUGAGCCUUCCAGCUGUCAAGUUGAAAAGAAGCCACUGUGCCUCUAGGGCCUCCUGCACAGAAGAGAGAGGCUCUCUGCUCUGGGAGCCUGCUCCAGAGCCUCUCCCGCUGCCUGUACUCUCCAUUCCCUUAAAUGGGCACAGUCAGUGUGGCUGGCACGGCAUGGGGCAUGGGACGAGCACUGUGUGCCUCCGCUCGUCACCAGGGACAGCCUCAAGGGGCUGAGGAGUGGGGCCUCACUGUGCAAUUCCCAGGGCCAGAUCUUUCCCACUCAAGCAAUAAUGGGAGGACGGGGCCAGGGCUGGGGACACUCAGGGACACUGUCAGGGGCAGCAGCCCCACAUGGUAGUGUUUUCUUUAGGGAGAAAAAAACUGGCUGUAAACAUAAAUUAUAUUUCUUGGAGAAAGAAUGUGCGUUUCCCACAUGCCUGUUUAUUUAUAAGUACUGGAAGUACCAGGUCCCAUCGCUGCAGGGAACCUGGCUCCCUGUGGCACUGCCCUCUGUCCAUGUGCCCCAGCUCUGCGUCAGGCUGUCCCCAGCCAACUGU